AUGUCUUCCGCAAUUACCACCUUUGAGAUACCUUCACUCACGAAAUUGGCGAGUGGGAAGGUCCGCGAGCUGUAUGUUAUCGAUGAGAAGACACUUUUAUUUGUUGCUUCGGAUAGGAUCUCUGCGUACGAUGUGAUUAUGGGAAAUGGCAUUCCCUCCAAGGGCCAACUCCUAACUCUCAUCUCAACCUUCUGGUUCAAGCUCCUCCCAACCCUUCUCCCCGACACCCCUCUCCAGACACACUUCCUCACCCUUUCCCUCCCAUCCUCAAUCCCGCAAUCCCUCCACCCAACCCUCCAAAACCGCUCCAUGGUCGUCCGCCGCCUCAAAAUCUUCCCCCUCGAAGCCAUCGUACGAGGCUACCUCUCCGGCUCCGCCUGGAAAGAAUACCAAAAGUCCUUCACCCUCCACACUAUCCCCCUCCCAUCCGGCCUUCUACAAUCACAAGCCCUCCCCACCGGCCCCCUCUACACGCCCAGCACGAAAGCCGAAGCCGGCGCAAACGACGAGAACAUCUCCCCCGCACAGGCAGCAGAAAUCGUCGGUCCAAAAUACGCAGAGCGCAUUGAGAAACUCGCGCUCUCCCUGUACACCGCGGCGCGCGACUAUGCGCUUACCAAAGGUAUUAUCAUCGCGGAUACGAAGUUCGAGUUUGGACUCGAUGAGGAGACGGAUGAGAUUGUAGUCGUAGAUGAGGUGCUCACGCCUGAUAGCAGUCGCUUUUGGCCGGCGGAUAAGUAUGAGGUCGGUCGCGAGCAGGAGAGUUUCGAUAAGCAGUAUUUGAGGAAUUGGUUGGUGCAAGAGGGAUUGAAAGGGAAGGAAGGCGUGAGUAUGCCGGAGGAGGUGGUGAGGGGGACGGCGGAGAGGUAUCGGGAGGCUUUUGAGAAGUUGACGGGGAGGGGGUGGGAGAGUGCUGUUAGGGAGGGGAUUUAG